AUGCCCCCCGCACAAGGAAAGGUCGCCUUUGUUACUGGUGCUAACGGCAUUACUGGCAAUGCCAUCAUUGAGCACCUUAUCCGCAGACCAGAGUCCGAAUGGUCCAAGAUUAUUAUCACAUCCAGACGAGUUCCUAAGCAGAGCCUAUGGCAAGACCAUCGUGUCAGGUUUAUUGCACUCGAUUUUCUGAGCCCCGUCGAAGAGUUGAUCCAGCGUAUGGCACCUCUAUGCCACGAUGUUACCCAUGCAUUCUUCACAUCCUAUGUACAUACAGCAGACUUUGCCAAAUUGCGUGAUAGCAAUAUUCCUUUAUUCCACAACUUUUUGGUUUCAAUCGACAUUGUUGCAGCAAGCACACUUGAGCGAGUCUGCCUUCAAACUGGAGGAAAAUAUUAUGGCGCUCAUCUUGGACCUGUCGAAGUCCCUCUUCACGAGGGGAUGGGCCGUUAUGAGGAUAAGGGCGAGAACUUUUACUAUCCCCAAGAGGAUUUCCUCUCUACUCUAGCAGCCAAGCGCAACUGGAACUGGAACGUUAUUCGCCCCAAUGCCAUCAUUGGAUUUACACAAGCAGGAAACGGUAUGUCAAUGGCGCUUACAUUGGCAAUCUACAUGCUCGUUUGUCGCGAAAUGGGGGUGCCUCCAAUGUUUCCGGGUAACAAGUUCUUCUUCAACCAAUGCGUUGAUGAUUCUUCCUACGCGCCCAGUAUCGCAGAUCUGAGCGUGUGGGCCGUUACCGACGGACACACCAAGAAUGAGGCUUUCAACCAUCAGAAUGGUGAUGUAUUUGUGUGGAAGCAACUCUGGGGCAAGCUUGGAAAAUACUUUGGCAUUGACAUUCCAGAAUUUACUGAGUGGGCAGCAGAGGGGGGCGAGCAACGCAUGGCAAACAAUUUCUUCAUGACUGAAUGGCACAAGGAUAAGAAGGCAGUGUGGGAGAGAGUAGUGGCCAAGUACGGCGGUCAGCUCGAAGCGUUCAAUUGGGGUACUUGGGACUUCUUCGAUUGGGCCGUUGGAAAGGCCUGGUUGACCAUCAGCACCAUGACCAAAGCGCGCAAGUUUGGCUGGAAGCGAUACGAUGACACGUAUGAUACGUACAUCGAGACAUUCCGUGCCCUUGAAAAUGCCGGUGUUUUGCCUUAUGCGGAUAUUUUGCGGGCCGAGAACAAGGGUCAGGUUGCACAGGCCAGUCUUGCUCCUCAUCCGUCUGAUGCUGUUAUUUUGAAGAUGGCAAAGGGCCAUGGGGAGCAAAACGGGUUAAGCACUAAUGGUGUAAAGCCGAACAAAGUCAAGAAUGGCGUUGAGAAUGGGAAUGUUGAGAAUGGAGAUUUGGAUGUGAAGGUAUAA